ACGCGCUUCUCGAUGGGGCAUGAUUUUUGUAAUACCUCUCCGGUGAUGCUCGGUUAACGUACGAGCAUCGCACCGUGUGCUCGUUUCGUCGUACGUUCAUGCUCGAGCACCUCGUCGUCGUGCGGCUGCCCAUCUUCCGGCGCAAGGGCGCGCGCAUCGUGGCCAUCAGCGGCUGCAUCGUCGUGUGCCGCUUCGCGCUGCAGCUCGGCUUCGUCGCCACGGUCGCCGUCUGCGCGACCGUGCGCGUCGCCUUCCUGUCGCCGUAGAUGCGCCGCUUCGUCGCGGUCCUCGCCGCCGCCGCCGCCGCCACGGGCCUCGAGUGCCCAGGCGCCGACGUCGCCGACGUCGCCGCGCGCGUCGAAAAGCUCGGCGCGAACGCGUCGACCGCGGCCGUGGAGCGCGUCCUCGAGGCCGCGGUCGCCGCGAGCGCCCACGCGCGCGCGCACCGCCGCGUCGCGCUCGUCAAGACGCACAAGACGGCGUCGGGCACGCUCCAGGCCCUCGUCGCGCGCGUCGCGUUACGCCUGGGCCUGAGGCCCGCGGCCGCCGCGUGGCCGGGCAAGUUCUGGCGGGAGGGCAUGUGCCCCGAGGCGCUCCGGAAGGCGCUCCGCGGCCGCCGCGCGGACGUCGCGCUCCGCCACGUCUUCCCCAUCAAGGACUGGUGGACGAAGAAGCGCGCGCCGUGCGGGGAGCGCGGGCCCUGGGUCGACGGCUUCUUCCGCCUCUGCCGCGAAUUGAUGGGAAACGACGUCGC